AUCAAACUUCAUAUGGAGAAAAGUUAGCAGAAAGAGUAAACGAGCGUUGAUUUGGCGCUGACGAAAUUUACAGUCAGAGUAGUAAUCGGUUGUAGUGAAAAAAUGGAGUCGAGGAAAGUGACGAAGACGCUGGAAGAUCAAUGGGUGGUGGAGCGUCGAGUCCGAGAGAUAUACGAUUAUUUCUACAGCAUUUCCCCCAAUUCCCUGUCCGACCUCAUAGAGCUGGAACGUGACAAACACUUCGAUUAUCUUAGCCAAGGUCUCAGAAAACUUGGUCCGUCGUUUUCCGUUUUGGAUGCCAGUCGACCAUGGCUUUGCUACUGGAUACUUCAUUCAAUUGCUUUGUUGGGAGAAUCUAUUGGUGCCAAACUGGAAAAUGAUGCGACUGACUUUCUGACCCGUUGCCAGGAUAAAGAUGGUGGCUAUGGAGGUGGACCUGGUCAGAUGCCUCAUCUUGCAACUACUUAUGCUGCAGUCAAUUCACUCAUAACUUUGGGCAAACCUGAAGCUCUGUCAUCAAUUAAUAGAGAAAAAUUGUACACAUUUUUGCUGCGAAUGAAAGACGCAAGUGGUGGAUUCAGGAUGCAUGAUGGUGGAGAAGUAGAUGUUCGUGCCUGUUAUACUGCCAUUUCUGUUGCAAAUAUAUUAAACAUUGUGGAUGACGAGCUGAUUCAUGGUGUUGGAAAUUACAUCCUAAGUUGUCAAACUUAUGAAGGUGGAAUUGCUGGCGAACCAGGUUCUGAAGCUCAUGGUGGGUAUACUUUCUGUGGGUUGGCUGCAAUGAUUCUGAUCAACGAAGUGAAUCGAUUGGACUUGCUAGGUUUAAUUGAUUGGGUGGUAUUUAGACAAGGAGUCGAAGGUGGAUUUCAAGGCAGGACAAAUAAAUUAGUCGAUGGCUGCUAUUCCUUUUGGCAGGGUGCGGUAGUCUUUCUUAUACAAAGACUAAAUUUGGUAGUCCAUGAACAACUAGGGCUGUCAAAUGAUCUCAGUACAGAAAGUGCUGAUGAUUCUUCAGAGUCGGAGUUAUCUGAUGAAGAAGAGCAUUUGGAAGGGACAUCCUCCCAUGUUCAGGAGACUUUCCCUCUUGGACAAGAAGGUGCAGGACAAGAUAAUGCUUCUGAUAGCCCAAAGAUAGCAGAUACUGGACAUGAGUUUAUCAACCGGCCCAUAGCUAUGCGGCCUCUCUUUGACAGCAUGUAUCUGCAACAAUAUGUUCUUCUUUGCUCCCAGAUUGAAGUAGGUGGUUUCAGAGACAAACCUGGGAAGGGUAGAGACUACUACCAUACGUGUUACUGUUUAAGUGGUCUUUCAAUUGCUCAGUAUAGCUGGACCGACGAAGCUGAUUCUCCACCAUUACCCAGGGAUGUAUUUGGUCCUUAUUCCAAAUGUCUGUUGGAACAGGUUCACCCACUCUUCAACGUAGAGUUGGAUCGGUAUUAUGAAGCUCGCAAAUACUUCUCAGGCUUGUGAGAAUGUUUCACUACUUUCAUUAGCACCAACUUUUCAGAAACGUAGGUGCAUCCAGAACUUAAAAGAGUCACUGGGUUCUUGUAAUCGUUUAUAUGUACAAUAUCUAUACGUAAUACAAGUUGAGAGUAACGGGUGCCUUCUGAACCUGCUGAACUAGCUCUAAAUCCGUCUCUGUUUAGUUAGGUCUGUAAACAUCAAUGUGAAAUUGCGAGAUAUGCAUGUAAAAGUGGCUAUGAUUUACGAAUCUGGAUACUGGUGAUUAGUGAUCAGAAAUUUCAUUUUGGUGAAAACAAUUUGUUAUCA